GUAUCAUUCAUUGACGUCACUCAGACUCACUCUGGUCCUGGGAUCCAAGUCGUGUAGUCGAAGGCAACUCCGCUUCUCACAAUGGCUGAACCUGUGCGCGUUUGCAUUACUGGUGCUGCUGGCCAGAUUGGCUACUCACUGGUGUACAUGGUUGGGUCUGGGGCAGUGUUUGGUGCAGACACCCCUGUGAUUCUGCAUUUACUUGACAUUGCCCCAAUGAUGGGUGUACUCAAUGGUGUCUGUAUGGAGAUCAGUGACUGUGCUCUUCCUUGUGUUAGAGAUGUCAUUGCUACUGAUGACCCAGCUGUUGCAUUCAAGGACAUCGAAGCAGCAUUUUUGGUUGGUGCAAUGCCCCGCAAGGAAGGCAUGGAGCGAAAGGAUCUUCUAGCUGCCAAUGUCAAGAUCUUUAAGGUCCAGGGUCAGGCAUUGGACCAGUUUGCCAAGAAGUCGGUGAAGGUUCUUGUGGUGGGCAAUCCAGCUAAUACCAAUGCCUUAAUCUGCGCCAAGUAUGCACCUUCCAUCCCACGUGAGAACUUCUCUGCUAUGACUCGUUUGGAUCAGAAUCGUGCUCAGGCUCAGAUUUCCUCAAAGCUGGGUAUUCCAGUAACAGAUGUAAAGAAAGUAAUCAUCUGGGGAAACCACUCCUCCACCCAGUUCCCAGAUGUACGCCAUGCCACUGCCACCAUAAAUGGACAGACCGUAUCUGUGUAUGAUGCAAUUAAAGAUGAUGCUUACUUGAAAGGCGAAUUUAUUACAACUGUUCAAAAGCGUGGUGGUGCAGUCAUUGCUGCACGCAAGCUUUCAUCUGCUAUGUCUGCCGCCAAGGCUGCCUGCGACCACAUGCAGAGCAUUUGGCAGGGAACUUCUGGGGAACAUUUUGUAUCCAUGGGUGUCUUCUCUGAUGGGUCCUACAACACACCUGAAGGAGUGAUGUAUUCCUUCCCUGUUACUAUUAAGGACAAGAAGUGGAGCAUUGUUCAGGGAUUGCCAAUUGAUGAUUUUGCUCGGGAGAAAAUGGACCUAACUGCUAAGGAAUUGUGUGACGAACGUGAUGAUGCCAUUGCUGCUUGCGAGGGCUAGGAAGGCGCAGCAGCUAAACCCAGGCUCUGAGAGAGAAGUACAGCAUACCACGCAGGGAAUCCCUCUUGUUCAGUAGAAAAUACAUUACAAAUAUAUGCAUACAAAAUUUUACUCUUAAAGGCAACUGAUUAGUAAAGGACUCUAGGAUUAUAGUCAGGCAGUAUUACAUUUUUGUUCAAGUUUUGACAAUUUUAUUUUAUUUUCCUUUACAUUUUUUUCACAUUUAUGUUGAGAAGAAAGUACAGGAGGUGGGCACAUAACCAUUUUAAGCAUAUUGAUAAUUUGAAAUGGACAUAAGCUUGAAACUGCCUGUGGCACAAGCAGUUAAAAUGGUUCUGUUUAGAGUAAAUCUGAGUAAUCAUUCUUAUGUAAGAUUAAGAUGCUCAACUUUCAGCUUAAUAUCUUCCCAUCAGCGUGUAUGUAUAUAGAGAAGCAUUGAGCAGUGCAAUAGGUAAAAUGUAGUGUGUAAAUACAGUACUAAUUUCCUAUACAGUACAGUAUAUGGAAUUCCUCCUUAUCCAGUAUUUAGUUCUCAUCCUGAGUUUAACUGCCCUUGGAAGAAAUAUUUAAUUUUACCAAAUUUAAAAUAAUUUUAUUGACAUAUAUCAAUUGUUAUAGGGGAAUCACUGUGUAUUAUUUGGAUAUUAAAAUAAGCAAUAUAA